GUGAAGGGCAGCUUCACCCGACCUCACGAUCCGACAUCCUAUCCUACCUUUCCUAUCUCUUCUCCUCAUCUCUUCUCCUAUACACCUCUAACCUUGCUCUGCCCUCUUGCUGAUUGACCCAUCUGGGCCCCUCCGAAGCUGCGGCUUCCCCCGACCAUUCCACUAUGUCCUCCUCCCCUUCCAUGUUGACCAAGUUCGAAUCCAAGUCCUCUAGGGCGAAGGGCAUCGCUUUUCACCCCAAAAGGCCUUGGAUCCUCGUUUCGUUGCACUCCUCCACGAUCCAAUUAUGGGACUACCGCAUGGGAACUUUGAUAGAUCGAUUCGAAGAACACGAUGGGCCGGUUCGCGGCAUCGAUUUCCACAAAACCCAGCCAUUGUUCGUCUCAGGUGGUGACGAUUACAAGAUCAAAGUGUGGUCCUACCAGACGCGGAGAUGUCUCUUCACGCUCAAUGGCCAUUUGGAUUACGUCCGCACCGUCUUCUUCCACCACGAAUUGCCGUGGAUUUUGAGUUCCUCUGAUGACCAGACCAUCCGGAUAUGGAACUGGCAGAACAGAUCUCUCAUUUGCACGAUGACCGGCCACAACCAUUACACCAUGUGCGCACAAUUCCAUCCGAAGGAAGACCUGAUCGUCUCCGCAUCCCUAGAUCAGUCGGUUCGGGUUUGGGAUAUCUCCGGUCUGAGGAAAAAGCAUUCCGCACCAACUUCCAUGUCGUUCGAGGAUCAAAUGGCGCGGGCGAACCAGAACCAGGCCGAUAUGUUUGGAAAUACCGAUGCUGUUGUAAAGUUCGUGCUGGAGGGACAUGACCGAGGCGUGAACUGGGUGGCGUUCCACCCCACACUCCCUUUGAUUGUAUCCGCAGGUGACGACCGGUUGGUAAAACUGUGGAGGAUGUCCGAGACAAAGGCUUGGGAAGUCGACACAUGCCGUGGUCAUUUCCAGAAUGCCUCCGCGUGCUUGUUCCAUCCUCACCAGGACCUGAUCUUGUCGGUUGGUGAGGAUAAGACCAUCCGCGUCUGGGAUCUGAACAGGCGCACCUCCGUACAGUCUUUCAAGCGGGAGAAUGAUCGAUUCUGGGUCAUCGCUGCCCAUCCAGAAAUCAACCUGUUUGCCGCUGGACACGACAAUGGUGUUAUGGUUUUCAAGCUUGAGAGGGAACGUCCCGCUUCGUCGGUGUACCAGAAUAACCUCUUUUACAUCACCAAGGAGAAACACGUACGCUCAUAUGACUUCCAGAAGAAUAUUGAAUCGCCCUCAAUGCUCUCUCUGAAGAAGCUCGGAAGUGCCUGGGUACCACCUAGGACUCUCUCUUACAACCCCGCGGAGCGCUCGAUCCUCGUUGUUUCGCCUGCCGAUGGCGGCACAUAUGAGCUCAUCAAUCUUCCAAAGGAUGCGUCAGGGGCCGUUGAGCCAACAGACACCAAGCGUGGCUCUGGCAACUCGGCUGUCUUUGUUGCUCGAAAUCGAUUCGCUGUUUUCAACCAGUCAAACCAACAGAUCGAUAUCAAGGAUCUGUCGAACUCGACAACGAAAACUAUCAAGCCCCCACACGGGACAACGGAUGUCUACUUUGGAGGCACAGGUAAUCUCUUGUUGAUCACUCCUACCUCUGUUGUAUUGUAUGAUAUCCAGGGAAAGAAGAAUCUUGCCGAACUUGCGGUCAACGGUGUCAAAUACGUUGUCUGGUCCUCUGACGGCCUUCACGUCGCUCUCCUGAGCAAGCACAACGUUACAAUUGCCAACAAGAACCUCGAGCAAGUCAGCACUUUGCACGAGACUAUCCGGAUCAAGAGCGCAACAUGGGACGACACCGGUGUGCUCCUCUACUCAACUCUCAACCACAUUAAGUACAGUUUGAUGAAUGGCGACAACGGUAUCGUUCGUACGCUAGAGCAUACCGUCUAUCUCGUCAGAGUGAAGGGCCGCAAUGUGUACUGCUUGGACCGAGCUGCCAAACCGAAGGUUUUGCAGAUUGACCCCACAGAGUACCGAUUCAAGCUUGCGUUGGUGAAGCGCAACUACGAUGAGAUGUUGAACAUCAUCAAGACCUCAAGCCUUGUUGGCCAGAGCAUCAUCUCCUACCUUCAGAAGAAGGGCUACCCAGAAAUCGCCCUUCAGUUCGUACAAGAUCCGCAAACACGUUUCGAACUUGCCAUUGAGUGCGGUAACUUGGAUGUCGCGGUAGAGAUGGCAAAGCAGCUUGAUCGUCCGAAAUUGUGGCAGCGUCUUAGCACCGAGGCUCUUGCACACGGAAACCAUCAGGUUGUGGAAAUGACUUACCAGAAGCUUCGCAAUUUCGAUAAGCUAUCCUUCCUGUAUCUCACUACUGGAGACCACGAGAAGCUUAAGCGCAUGGCCAAGAUUGCUGAACAUCGGGGUGAUGUCACAGCUCGUUUCCAAAAUGCUCUUUAUCUUGGAGAUAUCCAGAACCGAAUCGAAAUGUUCCAGGAGAUCGAUCUUUACCCGCUAGCAUAUGCAACCGCCAAAGCUCAUGGUCUUGAGGAACAAGCGCAAGGAAUACUCGAAGCCAGUGGCCUUACCGAGGACCAGAUCAAGGUUGCGCCUGUUGGACAGCCACUUGCACCACCAAAGCCGAUUGCUCCAACUUUCAGAGCCAACUGGCCCACUCGCGGCGCUUCCUCGACUGUGUUCGAGAAGGCACUGUUAGGCGAGGGCGAUGGCAUCGCUGCCGAAGAGCCAGCUGCCAAUGGUUUCGGAGACGAAGAUCUUCUAGGCGAUGCCGAGGCACCUGGAGCCACUGCUGGUGAUCUUGGAGGCGAAGAGGAUGAUGAUGUUGGAGGUUGGGACAUGGGAGACGAUGGUGAUGUUGAGGCUGAGGAAGAGUUCGUCGAAGUUGAGGGUGCCGAGACUGGGGCAGGAAGCAGCGAAGCCGAUCUAUGGGCACGGAACUCUCCUCUAGCAGCUGAUCAUGUCGCUGCCGGCUCCUUCGAAACUGCCAUGCAACUUCUCAACCGACAGAUCGGCGCCGUAAAUUUCGCACCACUUGAAGGCCGAUUCGAGGAAAUCUACCAGGCGACGCGUACUUUCCUACCUGCUACUCCCAACAUGCCCUCCCUGGUCAACUAUGUUCGCCGAACAGUUGACGAGACAGACUCCCGAAAGAUUCUGCCCAUUAUUCCACGAGAUUUGGAGUCGAUUUUGGCUACCGAACUUGCCACUGGCAAAGCAUCUAUGGUGAAGAACAAGCUUGAAGAUGGUGUCGUUAUCUUCAAGAAGCUGCUCCAGCUGCUCAUUGUGAACGUUGUCUCAUCGCAGGCUGAGCUGUCCGAGGCGAAGAAGGCUAUUCAUACAGCAGCUCAAUACACCCUUGCGAUGUCUAUCGAGCUUUCCCGACGACAGCUGGUGAAGGGCGCAACUGACAUCUCGGGUCUUCCGGAGGAUACUCGAAAGCGCGCCUUGGAAUUGUCCGCAUACUUCACCAUCCCCGAGCUGGAGGGACCACACAAAUCAUUGCCUCUCUCUGCCGCGAUGACUUUCGCAAACAAGAACAAGCAGCUGAACACUGCGCUCAACUUUGCGAACGCACUUCUUGACCGAACAGGAAACGCCAAACUCAAAGAGCAGGCGAAGAGGGUGAAGACUGUUGCCGAGAGGAAUCCUUCUGACCAGAUCGAGAUUGAUUUUGAUCAAUUCGCCGACUUUGAUAUUUGCGCUGCAUCCUUCACACCCAUUUAUAGUGGCAGCCCAUCUGUCGCCUGUCCAUAUGACGGAGUGAAGUACCACGGCAAGUACAAGGGCACAGUUUGCAAAGUUUGUGAGGUGUGUCAAUUAGGUGCGCCGGCUAGUGGACUCAGGUUGGUCGGUUAAGGGAGUGUUGAUCAUCUGGAUGUAUGAAGUGAUGCCAUUAUUCUACAGUUGGAAGCAUAGCGUGGCAAUAGCUGUCUGGUGGUACAAGCGAACGAUUAGACGCGAAAUGUAGACGGCCAGCGUCGAGUCAGAGUGGAGAAUUGCCAAGUCAUGAAGUAAUUCGAGGAUGAACUGUCAUAUAUGCGAAAAAAUUAAAAGAGGACUUUUAAACUUCAAUAUGGGCCAUGGACUCUUCCUAUCAGCAUCUGACUAUGUACAAAAGUUGUACCUGUUACUGUUGUGCAAACGUUCGCGACCGUAUAGUGUGACUUUGUGACAGGGGUCUUCAAUCUAUCCAUCAGCACUGGUAAUAUGAGUACCGCUUUGCCGACGCAAUAUACCUAAGGAAUUACUUCAGUCAACCGAUGUUGGCUCAAGCGAC